AUGGGGCAGCAUGAUGAUCUCACAAAAUGUUGUUCACUACUUUUAAAUGUUCAAGAUUGCGUAAUGGAACUAUACAAAUAUGUCUUAACGUUGGAGUUAGGCGUUGCUAAAGCACCGGAUGCAUCCGAGGACGAUCGUAGCCGUUAAUCACGCUCUGAUCGCACGGUCAUGGUUCAUCAACCAGGGUUAAGGGCCUGUCUCCUUAGAAAUCAAGGAUACAGAGGUACGAGCCUAUAGAACAGAUCCUGUUCAAGUA